AUGCUGUUCGUCCGCCAGCUGUGCACGCUGUGCGAGAAGACGUUGAUCAUUGUCUUCAUGCGACAUUGGCUGAGUACCUUGAUCCGAGCAUUUUUGGCGCCCGUCAUUUUCAUGUUCAUCAUUUCAUAUGCGAAGAAUUUCUUCGUGCCUCCAUCGGAAUUUGGCAUUGGAACUCCGACGGCACUUCGAUCGCUCAGUGAAGCCGUGCGCGCCUCAGCCGGCGGUCGCGACUUGGUCGUGGUGGCCCACAAUGCAUCGACGGCAAGCGACAUUGCCACAGUGACAGAAGCUCUUCGUGGGCCCAUCACCGCGCAAGGAAAGACGUUUCAAGUGGUGGACAGCGAGCAAGAGUUGCUCACACUGUGCCCAAGCUCAAUCAGAGGCGUCUCUCCAUGCUUUGGCGCAGUCGUAUUUGACUCUUCGCCCGACACAGGCGCUUCUUGGAACUAUACCAUCAGAGCAGACGGCGCGUUGGGGCAAAACAUAUAUGUCAACACUCAGAACAAUGAUGCUGAGAUUUACACGCUUCCGCUGCAGCGCGCCAUCGAUGCCGCUAUAGCAUCCCAGAACGCCACCACUCUUCCGGACGCCAUCCUUCAAUAUCCUUUCACCACCAAAACACCAGAAGAGCGACAGCGGAAUAUUACACGCCUGUACAUGGGCUCUCUAAUCGAUAUCCUGGCCGUGGCUUACUUUAUUGGCAUUGUGGGAAUCUGUUACCAGUUGACAGGACAGAUGGCUCAGGAACGAGAAUUGGGCAUGGCUCAGCUUGUCGAAAGUAUGAUGCCCAACAAGCAGAGGUGGAUGCCGCAAGCCGCUCGUCUGCUGUCACUUCACAUCUCGUUUGAUAUCCUUUAUUUCCCAAGCUGGGUCAUCAUGGGCAUCAUCGUCGCUGUGCUGAAUUAUCCCCAUUCGGAAAUGGGCAUCUUGGUGGGCUACUUCAUCAUGUCUGGACUUGCCUUGGCCUCUUGGAGCAUUGCUUUUGCGGCCCUCUUCAGGAAAUCACAGCUUUCCGGCAUCACAGUCACAAUUACAUCAAUCGUGCUUGCAAUCAUCAUUCAAGUCAUCCCUCCCGUGGCCACCGGUGCGGCGAUCAUUCUCAGUUUGCUCUUUCCAUCCAUCAAUUAUACUCUGUUCAUUAUCUAUAUGGCGUAUUGGGAGCAACAGAAUCUCGGUGCGAACCUGCAAGAAGCACCUCCGACUGCUCCUUGGCGCGUCCCGGGAUACGUCUUCUUCAUCUUUUGCGCCAUCCAGAUCGUGCUUUACCCUCUGAUCGGCGCCUUCAUCGAGCGGGUCAAGUACGGCACAGCUACCAAGUCAAGACAGCUCCGGUACGAUCCCAGUGAGCAACCGGAGACAGUGAAGAUCUCGGGGCUUUCGAAGCACUACCUUCCUAGCUGGCUUGCAAGAAACGUCUGGUCACGCUUCGGCAAAAAUCCGCCGCAGACCGUCAAAGCCGUUGACAAUGUGAGCUACUCGGUGCUGAAAGGUCAAAUCCUGGUCCUUCUUGGUGCAAACGGGUCAGGCAAAAGUACGACUCUCGACACCUUGGCGGGAUUGCAGAAGCCGACAAGUGGCAGUAUUGAGAUGGAUGCCACGGGUGGAAUUGGACUCUGUCCUCAAAAGAACGUGCUUUGGAAUGAGCUGACUGUUUAUGAGCACGUUAGGAUUUUCAACCGUCUCAAAGCUACAGGACAGACCGACACCAAAGCACAACUCACCGAUCUGGUUCAUGGCUGCGAUCUCGAACAGAAAAUCAAUGCUCGAUCGGAGACCCUUUCUGGAGGUCAAAAGCGAAAAUGUCAGCUUGCCAUGAUGUUGACUGGUGGCUCUAGCCUCUGCAUGAUGGAUGAAGUAAGCUCGGGACUAGAUCCACUAAGUCGAAGGAAGAUCUGGGACAUUAUUUUGGCCGAACGAGGAAGACGUUCGAUGUUACUUACAACUCACUUCUUGGAUGAAGCUGAUCUGCUCUCGGAUGACAUCGUGGUUAUGUCUAAGGGCAAUGUGGUUGCUCAUGGCUCGGCGGUCGAAUUGAAACAUCAUCUUGGUGGGGGCUACCGUGUCAGGAUCUAUCAUGAGGAUGAAAAGGAGCUCUCGGAAAAGCUGCAAGCGACCCGAAAGACCGUAUAUCACGACCAAACUGUGUAUCACCUGCAAGACUCGUCCGAGGCGGCACGUUUCGUAGCAGAGCUUGAGCGCCAUGGUGUAUCCGACUAUCAAGUCAAUGGACCAACUAUUGAGGAUGUAUUCCUCAAGCUGGCCGAGGAAGUGAAAGAUGAGCUGGAGAAGGGCAAAGAAUACGAUGCGUCUCCGGCAUUGAGCGAUGGGGAGGCUGCUGCUCCCGAAGACUCUGAUAAGCACCUUCAGCUGCUACCAGGACGGCAGCUCUCCUUUUUCGCACAGACAUGGGUCCUCUUCCGGAAACGCACGACUAUUCUGGUUCGAAACAAAUGGCCUUAUCUGGUAGCCUUGCUACUUCCUAUCAUCGCUGCGGGAUUGGUGACUCUCUUCCUACAGAACUUCGAUCCGCUCUCGUGUGAGCCAACAGACUUGGUUUCAACGUCCACUACCUUCUCUUUGAGCAGUGUUCUGGCCUUUGGAGCUGACAUCCCCCUCGGACCGCCAAAUCAAAACCUCCUACCAGAAUUUCGAACCUUGUUCCCAUUUCUCGCAGCCAAUACCAGCUCCCUUCAGCUUGUCGAUUCACUGGAUGCGUUCACCAAUUACAUCAGCGCCAAUUACUCAUCAGUCACGCCGGGAGGUAUUUUCGAUGGAAACACACCUACAUUUGCAUGGAGGGGUGAUUAUGGAAUGCAAUAUGCCAUUGCAGCCCAGAACCUCAUUCACAAUAGCCUGCUCGACAUUCCGAUCUUCACAUCGUAUCAGCCGUUCGACGAGCCAUGGGCGCCUGACGCUGGUCAGAGCCUGCAGUUCAUCCUAUACUUCGGACUAGCAAUGUCUGCUUUCCCGGGCUUCUUCGCCCUGUACACGAAUAUCGAGCGUCUUCGCAAUGUCCGAGCCUUGCAUUACUCGAAUGGAAUCCGCGCAGGCCCUCUGUGGCUCGCCUACACCUGCUUUGACUUCUUGAUUGUGCUUCUUGUGAGCGCGAUUUCGAUCAUUAUUUUUGUGGGCACUUCCAGCGUUCUUUACGCUCCAGGGUAUCUUCUUGUCGUAUUCGCGCUAUAUGGGCUAUCUGCGACACUCACAGCCUAUGUGGUCUCCCUGUACACCACGAGUCAGCUUGCCACCUUUGCAUUUGCCGCCGGAGGGCAGUGCAGCUUCUUCCUGCUCUACUUUAUUGCAUAUAUGUGCAUCAUCACUUAUGCACCGGUAUACGCCAUCGACCGCUACGUCAACUACGCAAAUUUCACAAUUGCGUUAUUCUUCCCCUCUGGCAAUCUGCUGCGGGCUCUUUUACUGAGCUUGAACGAGUUUUCGCUACUCUGUCGAGGCAACGACAUUGCUUCGUACCCUGGCGACAUUCUCGUAUAUGGCGGACCAAUCCUCUACCUCAUCCUCCAGUCAAUAGCACUGUUCAUCUGGCUUGUCUGGUAUGACAGUGGUUGGAGGCCAGGCUUCCUAGCUCGCACGAAACAUAAAACUCCCGACGCCGAAGAGAUCGAUGAGAUGGAUCCCGAAGUGUACGCAGAGGCAGCUCGGGUUGACGGCGCGAAAGACGAGCUUCUUGUAAAGCACGUCACCAAGGCAUUUCGGUCAUUCGUUGCCGUCCAAAAUGUGUCCUUUGGCGUGCCGCAUGGCGAGACCUUCGCUUUGCUCGGCCCCAAUGGCGCUGGUAAAUCAACGACCAUCGGACUCAUUCGAGGCGAUAUAAGACCAAGCGAUCGGACAAGUGAUAUCCUGAUUGAAAAUACCUCUAUCAUUGAUCACCGAGCAGCAGCUCGUGCCAACUUAGGAGUCUGCCCACAAUUCGAUGCGAUGGAUCAGAUGACAGCCAUCGAGCAUCUACGAUUCUAUGCGCGAGCAAGAGGAGUGCACGAUGUUGAGCACAAUGUCGAACAGGUUAUUCACGCCGUGGGCUUAGCACCGUUCAAGAAUCGCAUGGCCGCGAAGCUGUCUGGUGGGAAUAAGAGGAAGCUUAGCUUAGGAAUCGCGCUUAUGGGCAAUCCUAGCGUGCUGCUGCUGGACGAACCUUCAAGCGGCAUGGAUGCUGCUUCCAAGCGAGUCAUGUGGCGUACUCUUGCUGCCGUGUCUACCGCACGUUCUUUAGUCAUCACUACGCAUUCUAUGGAGGAGGCAGAUGCUCUCGCAGAUCGUGCAGGCAUCAUGGCCAAGCGAAUGCUUGCACUGGGCACUUCCGAUCAGCUAAGGAAGACACACGGCGAUGCUUAUCACGUUCACGUCGUGCACAAGAACGCGCCUCACAGCACAGAAGCAGAGAUGGGAGAGAUGAAAUCAUUCAUCCGCAGUACCUUCCCUCACGCUCAGGUCGAAGAUCGUGUUUUCCAUGGCCAAAUGAGAUUCAGCGUACCAAACGACCGCACCGCGCAACGUGCGGACUCUUCACCUCUCGCGGAGAAGAGCAUGGACGACAAAACGGGUGCAUGGACGAGUAUACAUGUAGAGCCAGCGAGCGGCAUUUCGAAUGGCAUCAGCUCGCUGUUCCACAUUCUCGAGACCAACAAGGAGAAGCUCGGAUUCGAGUACUACUCUGUGAGCCAAGCUACGUUGGAUCAAGUAUUUUUGAGUAUUGUGACGAAACACAACGUCGUGGAGGAGAACUAUGCACGUACACAUGGGCAAAGAAAGCUCACGGCGUGGCAGAAGACGAAACAAGGAAUUGCGACAGUAUAUCAUAAUGCAUAA